AUGGAUGCAACUCAACCGACUAUCGUGGAGGAGAAGAUCGUCAAGUACAACGGAGAAGUUCAAGUCAGAAAAUAUUAAAAAGGUAAAUUCCUUGGCAAGGGAGGUUUCGCCAAAUGCUAUGAAUUCCAAAAUCAGGAGACAAAAGCUAUUCAAGCAGCUAAAGUCGUUGAAAAGGCUUCCCUCACCAAGAGCAGAGCCAAGUAGAAAUUGAUGAGUGAGAUUAAGAUUCACAGAUCUGUCCACCAUCAACAUGUUGUCAAAUUUGAACAUUUCUUUGAAGAUGCAGAAAAUGUAUACAUACUACUUGAACUUUGCCAUAAUUAAAGUUUAAAUGAAUUACUGAGAAGGAGAAAGAGACUUCAUGAGCUAGAAGUAUAGUGCUAUGCUCUUUAAAUAAUUUCCGCUUUGAAAUACUUGCACUCUCAUAGAAUUAUCCACAGAGACUUAAAAUUGGGAAAUUUAUUCCUAAAUGAUAAAAUGGAGAUUAAAUUAGGAGAUUUCGGGUUAGCCACUAAACUGGACUUCGAUGGCGAGAAAAAGAGGACAAUCUGCGGUACCCCCAAUUAUAUUGCGCCAGAGGUCCUAGAGGGCAAAGCGGGGCACUCUUAUGAGGUCGACAUUUGGUCAUUGGGAGUCAUCAUUUAUACACUUAUAAUCGGUAAACCACCCUUCGAGACAUCUGAUGUCAAAACCACAUACUCUAAAAUUAGAAAGAAUCUGUAUGAGUUUCCUCAACAUGUGAUUAUUUCAGAUGGUGCCAGAGAUCUUAUUACAAAGAUCCUGAUAGGCGAUCCAAAGAUGAGACCUAAUUUGGAUGAGAUAAUUGCUCAUGAGUUCUUCAAUAAUGGAGGAACUAUCCCAAAAACCUUACCUUAAUCAUUCCUUGCUUGUCCUCCCUCAGCAUAAUAUAUUAGAUAGUAUAUGCCAUAGGGCUUUAAUUUCACCUCACAAGCCAAAGGAUUGCCAUAAAGAUUAGAGAGCACAGCUCCAGCUAAUCCAAUUCAAGGCAAUAGGGCAGGAGUUUAAACAGCUGGUGGUACCUCUUAAGGAACAAACAGGCAAUAUUAAACAGCUUAAAAUAACGUAAUGGCUGCUACUGAUAGAGGAGGAGUAUUUAAGAGAAACCUUGACAGCUAGGGUGCCUUGACUAAAGAUACUUAAAUUAAUAAACCAACUUCUCCAUCAGAUAAAGGAAGUACUCAAAGAAUUAUGAAAGAUCAAUCUUUGACAGGUCCUAGCUGCUGGGUAAAGAAGUGGGUUGAUUACUCAUCUAAAUAUGGACUUGGCUAUUUAUUGUCCAAUCAAGCCACUGGUGUAUUCUUCAAUGACUCCACAAAAAUCAUUAUAGAUCCAAAUGGCCAUACAUUUUACUACUAUGAAAGAAAGGCUGUUUCUACUUCAGAAAAGUAGGAUGUAAUGUAGACUUAUAAUCUUACAGAUUACCCUAAAGAUCUUUAAAAGAAAGUUACUCUACUUCAACAUUUCAGAUCCUACCUUGAAAAUAAUAAAGAGCAACCAAGUCCCACAGAUGACCUUCUCUCAUAGAAAAAACUGCCUGCCUCUUAGGAACCUCCCGUCUAUGUUAAGAAAUGGAUGAGAACUAAGCAUGCAAUAAUGUUCAGACUGAGUAAUAAAAUAGUGUAGGUGAACUUCCAGGAUCAUACAGAGAUUCUGUUAAAUUCUGAAAGCAGAUUGGUAACAUACGUAAACAAAAAGGGAGAGAGACAGACAUUGCCUCUCAAUCACGCUCUUGAAUCUAAUAACGCAGAGAUGACAAAGAGACUUAAGUACACUAAAGAUAUAUUGACUCACAUGCUGAACAAUAAUAAUAAUAACAAUAACAAGAUGACCACUGCGAGCUCCAAUGCUGGACUAAGCAUGGGGGGAACUGGCAGUGUAGCUGGUGGAACUAAUGGGGCGUCAUAAAUUGGAGCAUCGAGCCGAAUGGGAACCAUCACCACAGCUGUUAGUUCGAAGAGAUCUGCGGCUGGAACAGGAAUGGGUGGUGUAGAUACCGGAAUGCCUUAGUCAGUAACAGGCAGAACUGGCUCAUCCUCGAAUGUAAACCUGCUUUCUUCAGAUCGAAGACCAUUAAAUGUUCUCAACUAAGUUUAAUGA